AUGAAGUUGUUGCUGGUUUUUGGUCUGGUCUUUCUGGUUGGCUACGUGGUAGCUGCUGAUGAUAACACCGAUUAUUCGGAAUAUUACGACGAUGAUGACACCAACAACUCUACGGCAUCCGCUCUAGGAAGCGAUAGCAGUGACUUGGAUUCAGAUGAUGAGGACUACACAGACAGUUCUGGAAGUGGCAGUUCUGCCAGUGCUUCAGAAAGUUCUUCUGAUGAUUCUGAUGACAGUUCGGAGGACAGCGCACCCGUGAAAUCACCUGUGUCUAAAGGAAAUAAAGCCAAGAAAGCAGCUCUCAAGAACAGAAGGCGCAGGCGCACCACUGUGGCUCCAAAACGUGCUGCCGCCAAAAAGAAGGUAGCAGCUGCCAAGAGGCAAACUGCUGCGGCCACUAAGAAGCAGACACCUGUGGCUGCCAAAAAGAAGACAAAGGCCGCCGCCAACAAACGCAAUCGCAGAGGUUAA